AAAUGAUAAAAAAAAAAUGGGGAGAAAAUUGAUUUUUAUCUCUCUUUUCUUUUUUUUUUUUAUUUAUUUCAUAUUAUUUUAUUCUUUUAGCGUAACAUCAUCAUCUAUAGGUUAUUUUAAAAUGAAAAGUAAUAAGAGAUAUGAUCAUGAAGCGAUGAUGGAUUAUAAUAAAGAAAUAAAUCAUCAACAACAAAAUACGUCUUGUUGUCAUUCUAUUUGUUGUAUUUGCCUUCCAUGUUGUCCUAUUGGUAUUAGAUGUUUAUGUUGUAUAGGUUUAUUAGCCAUUGUUGCUGCCAUGAUAGUACUAGGUAGCUUGAUAGCACUUUUUAAAAUACCGACAGUAGAUUACAAUGGAUUAGUAGAGAAUGAAGAAUCUCGUUUCAAAGUGGAUGAUGCUUUAGCAGCAAUGGCUUUUGAAAUUAAUUUAGGGUUUAAAUUAGGUAUAGUAAAUCCAAAUAUUGAAAGUGCUCAUUUUGAUAGUUUAAAAGCCACUGCUUUCUAUCCCACAGCACCGCAUCAACCUGUUGGAGGAGGCAGUAUUAAUGAUUUGACCAUCAAUCCAUAUUCUGUUACCAAUAUUACUUUUCCAUUUCAAAUCAUGUAUAAUCCUAAUAAUGCUACAGCAGGCAUGUUACAAGAUAUAGUGGAUAAAUGUGGAUUAUCUGGUUUUCCUGCAAAAGAUAUUGAUGUGUAUUAUGAUUUAACACCUACUGUACGUUUAUUUGGUAUUUUUCCUUUGUCAAUCACUAUUCGAAGACAAGUUAGUUUCCCAUGUCCUAUAGAGAGUGGACUUUUUCAUUCUUAAAGGAUAUCUUUAUGUACAUCAUCUUUAUACCAUCAUAAUAAUAAUAAAAGAAAAU